AUUAAACUGUAUUUACUUUCGCUGAUCGGGUUGCGUUUUGGGCUACCAGCUAUGAUGUUUGUACUAGAAUUCUUUGUUCCGACCUUUGUAUUAUCAUAGUAUUGUUAAGUGUUGCUAAGCACACACGACUUCAAAAACGGCAGGGUAAACAGAUUUGGUACGAAAGGCGAAUAGAGUAGGAAGUAAGCCUUAUUCAACUUCUAAAGUUGGCAAUACCAACUGUUGAGAAUGGAUAAAAAAUCUUUGUUUUGCAAAACAAGACCGGUUAAUAACUGGUUAUUGUCAUUUUAAUCCAUAACCGUACGACGGCGACCGUAGAACAAAUCAAUCUUUGACGUUUUUAUUGUAUUUGAUGAUAGGGCCUAUAAAUGGAUUUGCAGUGAAAGGUAGCCCUCAUUGUAUCCGGCUGAUACCAUUAUGUAUUGCUCGUAGCUUUAUUAAUGUUUACCUGUUGCAAAAAUUGACGAUGGCUCUGUAAGCGAAAGCACAUAAAUGUAAGUACAUGCCUCAAAAGUCUUGGCUGCAAUAUUUUAGAUGACUUUUAAAGAGGAUAUUAUGGUACGAUGACGAGCUUAUUGACACCAAUUGUUUCAAAUUCGAACAACAAUUCGGCGGUGACAGUGCGAAGUCUGACCGAGCUUCCGACUGAUCACAAGCCCCAGCAGAUCGAGAAAAAUGGUGUUUUUAAACAUGAUAGUCCUGCAAAACCUACUUUGUUGAGAACUUUGAACGGCAAAGUGCAUCCAGUCAACGAGACUGAUGCUGGAGAGACUAUGUCAUCAUCAGCCAGAAUGUCUUCAACUACCUUCUCUAGUACGUAUGAAGCACAUGACGAAGAAAGCCUCGUCUCUGGUGUCUCACGACAGACACCAGGAGGAAAGCGAUGGUCGACAUUACGAAAUGUAAUGAGAGCAACUCGGCCGUCUGUUAAGCGGAAAAGAACUAAAGUCUCUGUCCAAAGAGUGGAUUCUUUCUUGGAGAAAUUCACAACCAGGCAGCGGGAAGGCGCAGAGGAAGAAGGUGGCUUGAAUGAUAGUAAGUGCGAUUAUGAAACAGACGAAGAGGAUGAGUACGGAUGUAACUUCAUCGCUCAUCCUGACGGUACCUUCUCAUUCUACUGGCUUUUUAUUGUCACCAUGGCAGUACUGUAUAAUCUCUGGCUGCUGAUAGCCAGAGAGGCUUGGCCUGAGAUACAAGAAGACUCUUUGGCAAUAUGGUUUACAUUUGAUUAUUUGUGUGAUAUAGUGUAUAUUUUAGAUAUAUUUGUGCAAUUAAGAACUGGUUACCUCGAACAAGGUUUAUUGCAAAGAAACGAAGCAAAGCUCAGGCAAUAUUACAUACAUUCUUGGAGAUUCCCGGUGGACAUAGUAUCGCUAACUCCUUUAGACCUCCUGUACCUCAUUCCAUCAGAGCGGCGGUAUCAUUCUAUGGUUCGUUUUCCGCGGUUCUUAAAAGUAUAUCGGGCUAGAAUGUGGUACUAUAUGCUAGAGACAAGAACGCCGCAUCCUAACUUUCUUCGUGUCGGCGACCUGACGCAUCUAAUCCUCCUCCUGAUACACUGGGCGGCGGCAGCUUACUACCUAUUUAGUGAAGCAGUUGGGUUUGGGAAAGGGGACUGGGUAUACCCAGAGCCUAUCGGAAGUUAUUCGUCGACUCUACGGAAAUAUAUGCAGUCAAUGUACUGGUCGACGCUGACUCUGACUACAAUAGGAGAUAUUCCGUUCCCAGAGUCUAACUCAGAAUACGCUGUGCAGAUAGUUGGUUACUUGAUUGGAGUAUUCAUAUUUGCAUCUGUUGUCGGUCAAGUAGGGACAGUAAUAGAAAACAGAAAUGCAGCACGUUUAGCAUUCGAACGCCAACUGGACAAUGCUAAAAAAUAUAUGCGGACAAACAACGUUCCUACAGAUGUGCAGACCCGCGUACGUAGAUGGUAUGACUACACGUGGAGCAGGGGUCACCUGAGCGGGGAGGGUGAUAUCAAUAGCCUUGGUCUUCUACCUACUAAAUUGAGAACAGAGCUGGCUUUGCAUGUCAAUCUUAAAACAUUAAAAAAGGUAACGAUGUUCAACGAAUGUCCGCCAGAAUUUUUGCAUGAUUUAGUGCUGAAAAUGCCGUCCAUUAUCUAUACACCUGGCGAUCUGAUUUGCAGGAAAGGCGAGGUGGCCAGGGAAAUGUUUAUUAUUUCCGAUGGAUAUCUCGAAGUGAUGGGGGACGAUGCAACGGUUUUAACAACUCUGAAAGCAGGCGACUUUUUUGGAGAAAUUGGUAUUCUAAACAUAGAGGGCGCUGCAAAUAGACGAACGGCAGAUGUCCGAUCAGUUGGAUAUUCAGAAUUGUUUACAUUGUCAAAAGAGGAUGUCUUAGGGGCACUCCGGGAUUACCCACAAGCGCAGAAUGUUUUGGAAGAAGAGGGUCGAAAACGAUUGAACGGCCGUCGGGUGACGCCAAAAUCCACUGAACCCUCACCCAAUAGGCCAAUGGUGAUCCAGGAAGUAACGGACCUGUCUAGGGAUUCUUCUUUGGAAAGAACCGCUCCCCAGAGCGCUCCGGGAAGUCUAGCAGACGUGAAGAUGAUGAAAUCCAAACUUGAAACGCGAAAAUCUCUUAGACCUGUGGAAGUUAGUGCAAGAAAACGCAGAGUAGCUCAAGUCGAAAAUUCAUUAACAAAUGAAGUGAUGGAGUUAGUUCAGAAAGCUGUAAAAGACAAGCUGAAUAAAGUUGCCAGCGAAGCUAGACAGUUGAAAAAACACUCCAAAGAAUUAGAAAAACAAGUAGUAGAUCUCGAGAUACAAAACGAACAACAGAGGUUGGAAAUUCACAGACUACAACAGAAAAUCAAGAAACUUGAGAUUGAGCCACCUCCUAAACCAGCAGCAGUAACAGUUGUGGAAAGAGCGACUAGUAUGACUCCACCACCGCCAAGAACACCAGUGACUGAUAAAACAAGCAAGACCGCUGCUGCGCCGGCAAUCGUUGAGGGCGCCAAACCAGAAGGAACUACCUAGGUCAAGGCUGUACAGCAAUCUUCACCGAAACCUACAAAUAAUAUGCCUAUAAGUUCCUGACACGAAACAACAAAUAAUAUUGAAAGAGAAAAUGCUCUUCCUAUUUUUAAAAGAUAAUUUAUAUAUUCUAAUACCAAAUAUAAUAUAUUUAUCAUUCGAAAUAAAGUAUUACAGUCUGAUGGUGAAACAGCUGAACAACAAAACAGCAAAGUUUGUUGCUCAAAUAAGUUCUACUGAAGUAUUAUGAUGUGACGUAAGAGUCGAUAACUCUUUAACACAAACGAUGAAUGAUAGGUAUUAUUUGCACUUUGGUAACUUUCAGAAACUGUUUAAUGGAACUGGGUUGAAUUAUAAUUCAUAAACUUCAAUCUAGCUCACCUACUUCAAAUUUUCUAGUAAAAGUAUAUAAAAUAUGAGCUGGUGUUGUAAUGAACAUAAAUUUAUCCAUUCAAAAUAGUUUGUGUUUCUUUUUAUUUGUAUCUUUUCACUUUUUAGUCACCGAUAGCCAAGACUGAAUUUCUACUUUAUCUAUCACAUCCGAUAGAGGGCGUCUGGUAACAGACACAUCAUUCACAUGGAUAAAAGCAAAGCUUCCACUACUAAUUGUAGUUAGAAAUCCUGAUGGAAUACUUUUCAUAAUAAAGAGCUGAUAAGGUAUUUUAUGCUUAUACCCAUAUUUAUUACAUCUUUAAUUUUACAAUUGUUGCCGGUUCCAAAUUUAGCUAAUUUCUGCUUUAUGUAAAUACUACCAUAAUAUAAAUCAAAACAAAAACAGCACAUCUACCGUUAUAAUUAUUCUAGUCAAUAUUAAAUUCACAUUUUUUUAGCUAACAUUAACAGAAAAAUUAUAAGCAAGCAAACAAUGUGACAAAAUGAUUCAUUUUUACAUUUUCGUUGAAUAGAUUUAGCGAUUGUCAAUUAUUUAAAGUUGGAGAAAAUGCUCAGAUAAAAUCUUAGUGAUAUUUAGGGCAAGUUUAGCACAUCCUAAUUAGUUCUUCAUUCAUAUUUUAAGCUUCACGACAUGUAGUAUAGAAUUGGGAAAUAUAAUGCAUGCACAGAAAAAUAAUACUAUUUUACAGAAUUAUAAGGAACAUCUGAGCACUCAACAAAAAAAAAAUAGAAAACAGAAA